GACUACUUCAAGAAGAGGAAUGGGAAAUGGAGUGAUGUCCAGUCCUUUGUCAUUGACGAGCACUUCACUGAGUGGAAAGUGUUGAACAAGUGUUUUCCGUCCGCCUGGGUGUUGCUAUGCCAGUUUCACGCAAUCGCGUUCUGGAAAAAGCUACUCCGAAAGCGCUGCUUU